CUUCGCGCCAUUUUCCACAUCCCGCCCGCCCUUCCGCCCCCGUUCUCUCCGUCUCUCAGCAAGGAAACCCUAAGUCCUCGCCAUGGACCAGCAGAUCAAAGCUGAGUUCCAGAGCAGCGGCUUCAAGCUCGAUGACGAUGAACAAAUUCUAGACAAGUGUCUUAGUUACUGUAUCAAUUAUAAUCUCAGCGCUUCGGACCUCGUAUCGCAUUGGGAGAUCUACUAUCUCAACAGGCAACUAACUGACUGGAAGGUAGAAACUGCUCACAUGAAUGGUUUUUUGUCCUAUCUGCGGAAGGAAAUGAUGGAAAAGAUUACCAAAGAAGAACCUCGCUUGCAUGUUUACUCUAGUGAUGACGUUGAGAUGCUUCUAGGUGAAGACAACAAUACUGAUAUGGGAAUAAUUGAUGACCCUAGCAAUCAGUAUGAAAGGCUAGGCAUGGAUUCGAAUGACUCAGCUACAACUCCUAGAACUAACAGAAAUCUUUCAUCAUCAAAAGAUCCAAAGGACAUAAACAUUCGAAUAACUCCUUUUGGACAAAGGAUUAACAAAUUUACUUCACAGUUUCUUUUCAAUUAUCAGAACUCAGAUAACAGCUUGACUAGUCAAGAGCUUGAAAACAUGGGAGAUGAUGUGAUUAGAAGAGUUCAACCAACUGAGAGAUGCAACUUACAGGUUCAUCGCUUGCAGCCAGAAUCUGGUUGCAGGUUCAUGUAUGACAGGACAGAAGAUCAGUUUAAUUAUCUAGCCAACCGGAUUAUGAAGCAUGCACAUGCUUUUACUGCUUCUGGUCUUUAUGGAGAACCCACUGAUGCUACUUUUGCAUCCCAGAAAAACAUAUUGGCAGUUGGGAUGGUUUGUUGUGAUGGAGAAGGCCACAUAAAUGAGAAAUCUAUCCUGUUGCAAGGAAGUAUCAAACACUCUGGGGGCCAGCGUGUGCGUCUUGACCUCCAAAAAUUGCCCUACUUUUCCCUUUUUCCUGGUCAGGUGAUUGGGGUUGAUGGACACAAUCCAAGUGGGCAUUGUUUGAUUGCCUCAAAAGUGUUUGACUUGGUGCCCAAUCCCCCUGAUGUUGAUUGUCCUCCUGCUAAGAAGCUAGCAAUUGACUUGGAUCACCAGACUAGUUCAAGUGAAUCACGAGUGCUAUCACUGCUUAUUGCUGCAGGUCCAUUUACUACAACUGACAAUCUCUUAUUUGAGCCUUUGACAGAGCUGCUUGCAUAUGCAAGUAGGAGACAGCCGCAGCUAGUUAUCCUGAUGGGUCCUUUUAUUGAUUCUGAUCAUCCGGAGAUCAAGAAGGGAACCGUUGAUAGAGAGUUUGAUGAGAUUUUUCGUGUUGAAAUUAUUCAAAAGUUGGAGGACUAUGCCAAGUAUAUGGGUUCAGCUGCACAUGUGAUACUACUUCCAUCAAUACGUGAUGCUCACCAUGACUUUGUCUUUCCACAGCCUGCUUUUGAUAUUCAUCUUACAGAUGAUAUCAAACCUCAGAUAACUUGUCUUCCAAAUCCUGGUUUCUUUAGUGCAAAUGAGAUUGCCAUUGGCUGUUGCACAGUUGAUAUCUUGAAACAACUCAGUGGUGAGGAAAUUUCACGGAUUCCCAUUGACACAGUGUCAGGAGACCGUAUGGCACGUCUGGCAACUCAUAUAUUACGUCAACAGAGCUUUUAUCCACUACAUCCACCCGCUCUGGGGGUUCCUGUUGACUUUUCACUUGCAGUUGAGGCUUUGGAGAUUCCUCGUAAUCCAGAUGUUCUAAUCCUUCCCUCGGAUCUUGCACCAUUUGUGAAGUUUUCGCACAAGGGAAGCGAUGGAGAAGUGGAAUGCUUGUGCAUAAACCCUGGAAGAUUAGCCAAAGGUAUUGGAGGUGGUACUUUUGUGGAGCUUCACUACAACCGUGAAUCUGAUGGGACCAAAGCAUCAAUUAUUCGUAUCUAGGAGCUCUAUAAAAGCGAGUCAUUAGAAAGAUUUUUGUUUAGUUCGUUAAAGUUUAAAGUAUGGUUUGUUAAUGUUCAAGCUGCGCAUUUUAAUAUUUAAUCCAAUCCAUUCUAGUUGCUUUUCGUCGUCAAAA